CAGUCAUUCAGUAGACAAAUCGAUCAUAAAAUAUGGAAUAAGUUAUUUAAAUGCAUAAACAAUACAUAUGUAAACGCUCAUAAAUUAAAACAUUGAUAAAAAUAUUACAUAAUAGCAAAAAAAACAAAAUUAGUAUAAAAUGGGAAUAAUAAUUUUAUAUAGUGUAUUCAUGUAAUCUUUGAUUAACUUCCAUCUAUUGAUAUAAAAAUGACGGGUUAUGAUAAGACAUAAACAGUAUUAAAAUAUUAUCGAUACUUUCGCAAAAACUUGCAAAAAUUGCUUGGAAAUGCAUUUCUAUUUGAUAUAUAUGCUUUUCAAUUUAUUAAAUACAUCAAAUAUUCUAUAAAUUUUGCAAAAGUGUUUUGUACUAAUUUCUUGAAUUUUCAUAGAUUUCAGCAUAAAUCACGAAGCUCCUGAUUCACAAAGAUGAUAAAAGAACAUUGGAUAUCGUAAAAUGUAGUAUUCUGUGAUAUGAUUAAAGUACAUAAUUUUAUAUUCUUCAGAUAUUUCUAUUUCCCAAAAUUCCAUAAGCUUCAGAAAAUCUGAAAAUGGGCUCUGAGCAAAGCUCUCAAAGUACUAACCAAAAUGCCAAUAAUGGAAAAUCAAGGACAAGUCAACUCAGACGUGGUAAAAGUGUUCCAAAUCGUGAAAGAAUGCCAGAAGAUACUCCACCAAGGUGUACCAGUCCUGGCGCCAGCAUUUGUUCUGAUUCCGACCUUCCAUAUAUUUCUUACACAGUGAAUCGACCUAUCGGAGAUUCACCAAAAAUGACAAACAAACAAUCACAACUCUAUAGAGGAAAAAGUAUUGGAGCUGGUGAAAUCUCAAGACGCAAAAAUAGUCCAAGCACAACAAAUCACAAUCACAGGAAGAUUAAUACAUCAGACAAGGUACACAACAUCGUAGUGGUAAAACCAGCUCAAAUAGACCCUACAGCAGACAAGGACCCUGACAUAGUGAAACUACAGAGCAUUCCAAUGUUCUUGCCUAUCAUGCGUGGCACAUUGAAUCUGCCACCCGGUGUACGAGAUCCCGAAAUCCUGGAGCGACUUGAUCCUGUUGGUCUGUUCAACCUGUGUGCGCGUUAUCAACAUCAUCUCAAUACAAAUGCACAGAUAAUAGCAGCAGAGCAAGCCACCUUAUGUAUCAGUAUGGAAGUGGAAUUUGGCAAAGUGCUGAAUCUCGCUAUAGACCGACAGAAGAGAUUUGCUAGAUUUGCAGAACAGAUGAACAAAGUACACGAGCUCAGCCGUCAACUCACUAGAUGUCACUCGCUUUUAAAUCAAACUCUCGAGAGUCUCGAAACACUCAAUAAUCUAUUACCAGUAGAAGAGAGGCUUGAGCCCUUUGUCUGGACUACAGGUUAAAUGUAUCAAAAUUAUAAGAAUUUUAUUGGUCCCAUUUUUAAUAAGAAAUCUGGAGUCUAUAAAAUGUUUGCAACCUUUCACACAUACAAAAAAAAAAUUAAAAAGUGUAAAUAGCUUUAGAACAUCCAAUUUCACAAAAAAAAAAUUUAAUUUUAUUACAAGAGUUAAUUUCCACAUUCAACUUGCAUUCUUGACAUACAAUCAUCACAUAAUAAGAUUAAUAAAAUCAUUUUGAAAAAGAAAAA